CAAAACACCAAAUUGAUCUGCAGAUCAAAGACUUAUUGCUGCAUUCCGCAAGCGCAACUCAAAUUGUAUCUUUCUAAAGAUAUUACUCGCCAGAAGGCCCCUAUUUUUCAUGUCAGUCCUGGUAUGUAUAGAAAUAUACUGUAGUGUAGGACGUAUUAAGUUAAAAUGAAUUAUACACCGAUUUACUUCAGAUUUUUAUGAGGUUCUUUACUGGUUCAAGGAAAUUAUUGACAAGCAAUUCAAAUACAAAAAAUAAUGAAAAAUGAAAAAUGAAAAAAUCCCGCUCCAAAUUUUUGAAAAUUGUGGACGAGAAACAUGAUAUCAAUUUUCAUUGGCCUUAUAUCAGAUUAUGUAAAUAUGUAUGUAGCUAAAAUAUAUUCAUAUUUGACUAAACCUUACGCCUGUCUCUUGUUGUUAGUUGCGCAGGCGCUUUCCUCCAAAUAGCAGGCACAGAUUAGAACCUGGUUUUAGUCGUCGUUGCAAACCAUCCAAAUGAAAUAAACGCUCAAAACAAUCCGUUGAAAAUUGGUCCGAACAAAAUAACAAAUUAUGAAUCGAAUUUCCCGCGAGCUUGGAUAAAAUUUGGCGUGCUUAGUUUGCACAAAUCUAACCUAUAUUCUUCUCAAAGACUCGUCAUUUGGGCUCUUAUGCAAUGAUCUACCCGCGUUUUUGUCAGAAGUAUUGCUGCAAUCUUGUACAACAUACGCGAUGAAGGCAUGAUCGAGUUUUACUAUAUUCGCGUAUAUAUUAUUAUGUUGCACGCCCAGCAUGUAUUGAGACUAUGACGUUAAAGACUCCCGAACACUUGAACUUUCCAAUAUGGCGGAUUUUAAUGGCGGCCGCCAAAAUUUGAACUUCAUCGUCGUAUAACUCAGGCCAAAUAUAAGAUAUCACGCUAAAAUUUUGCGUGACAGCUUCUUUAUACGCAUUCUUCACAAUCAUGGGAAAAAAAAACAGAAAUGAAAAUUUGGUCACAGUAGCACUUUAAUUAAGGAACGACGCAAUAUAUCAAAUAUAUUAUGUUGCUUUGUUCCAAAGAAAGCACGCCAUAUAUCAAUAUCUGUUGCUGCUUCGUUCUUAAUGAAACCACGCAAUAUAUCAAUAUAUUAUAUUCCCUUGCGGUCACCUCAUUACUUAUCGAGUUAAUUUAAGGCUACUUUCCACUCCGGAAAAUUAUCCAUGGAUUGGAACGGGCAAGAAAAUUUCUCUUUGUGUUGAAGUCAGUAGUUCCAACCCAGAGCUCACAACACAAAGAAAAAUUUUCUUGUGCGUUCCAAUCCACGGAUAAUUUUCCUGAGUUGAAAGUAGCUUUUACCUGAUUGGUGAUUACUGAUCGAGUCUACAUGCAAAACAUCAACUAAUAAACUCUGUACUGAAGUCACUCAGUCACACUACAGUUGUAAUUAAGAGAACAUCGGUAUCUUUUCGAAUCUUGCCACGAGAAAUAUUUGCGUAUAUAAGUAUAACUAUUCACUAGUCUACGGUCGAUCGAGCUAUAAGUUUGAAAUACCGGCCGCUUUAACACGAUGCACAAAAGACAUGCAUGUAUCGACAUUCAAUUUAUUCAGGCUUUAGUCCCGUUCAGACACAACCGAUAUUAUUAAACAACCGAGUAUUUUGCACAAGCAUGCAAAUUAAAAAGUGGAAAUCCGUAGGAAUCAGAAAUUUUGCUUAUGCUUACGCAUCGAUAAUGAUGUUAUUUUAUGAAAUAACAUGUGUAUAACGCGUGCUCUGAUUGGUCGAAACCCGUGUUUGGAUCAGGCCGAUUACAUGGAGAGUUUUCAGCCCGGACUGAGUUUCAGCCCGGUUAAACGAGCUGAAAUUGCAUCACGAUUACAUGAGCAGUUUGAGCCAGGGCUGAGUUUAGUCAGAACUAAUCCUAUAUGUAGCUAUAGUCAACCCGGGCUGAAAUCUCAGCCCGGGGCUGAAAUAAUCUGAGUGUCACGAAAUAGAACAAUAAGCCUAUUACGCUUCUUUGAAGUAUUCAGACGCUGAUUAGUCGACUAUUUGACUUGUGUGGUGAGACUGUUUAUAUGUAAAGUAUUUAAAGAUGUAACAAACACGCAAAAUAAAGCCAUUUCAACGGUUGUUUUUUAGCCCGGGCUGAAAUUAUUUGCGAUUACAUGCUGCCUGGCUGAAGCUCAGCCCGGGCUGAAAUUUCAGCUCAAACCGGGCUGAAAUUUCACGGCCCGGGACUGGAAUUUUGGUCAUGUAAUCGAUUGCUCUGUUUUAAUAGGAUUUUAUCCUUAGGACUUUAUCCAAAUCCGCUAGCGAAUAUGGACCAGGGAGUCCAUAUCCUCUAGCGAAUAUGGACCUAUGGGGGGUCUUUAUUCGCUAGCGGACUUGGACUCCCCUCGCGAAUUUGGACCCCUCGCGUAUUUUGUCAUUGCAACGUAUUGUAUUUUGAAUAUUGUACUGAAAGCGUUUUCUUUUCAAAUCUUAGAUUUUUAGAUUGGAGAAUUCCGUCAAAGUUUAUGAUUUAUAAUUUUUUGGUACAUGGGUUUAUUUCUAUGAUCUUGGAAUGUGCGAGAUAUGAGAAGAGCAUAAAGCCUUCACAAGUAUUUUACUCCUUGGAAUUGCUAUAUGCUCUAGCUGACUCUUAAGGCUAGUUUCCACUCAGGAAAAUUAUCCGUGGAUUGGAACGGACAAGAACCUCUUUAUUGGUGUUAAAGUUGUUAGUUCCAACCCAGAGCUCACAAGACAAAGAAAAAUUUUCUUGUCCGUUCCAAUCCACGGAUAAUUUUCCUGAGUGGAAACUAGCCUUUAACUGCUCAAAUAAAAACGGAAAAUGAAAGUAUACCUGGGAGUCCCUAUCCGCAGGGAGUCCAUAUCCGCUGUGACACCGGGAAACCUGGAUGAAUUGAAACACAGCCCGGGCUCAAAACUCUCCAUGUAAUCAGCCCCUUUCAAAAUCACAUUGUCCACUAUUAUAUUAAAACUUAUAGAAAUUAAGCGUUACACGGUUACGCUUUUGUCAUAUUCGUUUCUUUCUACAUUUCGUGCAAAAAAGAUCAAUCGUAUUCGCUUCUUUCUGCAUGCAUAAAGUCGAUUUUCCACUUCGCAUUUUCGGCGUAAAAAUGACAAAAUUUCGGCCACAACAGCAAGAAUAAAUAGAGAUUGCAUUAGCAAAUAGUAAGCAAUGAAUUAGCAAACAUGGAGUUGUGCAAAAUGUUUGUUCAGCCCAGCUUUUGACAUCCUCUUUUCUCGAUAAGUAUUUAGCGAACAGUAUAAUAUAUAUGUACAGUACUAAAUCCUGAUUUCAUACAGUAUGGUCGUAAAGAUUGAGUCACGCGACCUUUCUUAUCAGCCGAAAUACAACAUUUUAGAACUGAAAAUACGCGGAGUGAUUAUAAUUUGAGAAACUAUUAUAAACUGGCCGUUGGGAAAGAUCGUGAUUCUAUUUUUACGACCAUUAUAUGGGAACCAGGCCUAAGGUUUCAUUGAGUAAAUAUUUGUCGUUUAAACCUAAAACUAUAGAAUUUAACUUAUUUUGUUUUCCGUUUCAUCUGUAAUCUAACUUAACCUAUUUUGUUUCUAGUUUGAACCUUUAAUCGCAUGCAAGCGUAGACCAGGAAGAUAAACGUCGUCAUGAGAAACUGGCAUUAUCCACGAGUCACUCCGUCAAAAAUUGUUUCACUGACGGUGAUUUUUCUGUUCCUGUUGGUUACUUUCUCUCUAUACAACGAAAAUACAAGUUUGAAGGUUAAAGUUAAAGCGUUAGAGAGAACAAAUCAGCUUCAACAGGAUAACAGUGAACUGCAUGCAAGGAGCAAACGGGACGAACCUACUCAACCAAAAACAAUUUCACCUCUAUGUAAUCCUGCAAAGGUUGCAGAUCAUCAUAAGAAAGAAGAAUAUGAAGCAAAAACGACUCAGAAACCAAAACGGCCACAGAUAAAAGUUCCUCGGCGAUUCGCGUCUGAGAAACUAUCAAUAAUUGUCUACGAUAAAGAUGGAAUAAUAUUACCAAACAACCGGUUAGACCGACUUCGAGUGAUGUUUCCAAAGUCCACAUUGUUUUGGAACGAUAAUAAAGACAACAAUCUUGCGGUUACCCUAAAUAAGUUAAUCCCAAAGGUGAAAACAGAAUAUUUCCUAUUUCUAGAACCAAAUGUACUUCCUUCGGAUCGUCAUCAAGAGGAUGUAACUUUAUUAUGGAAUGCUCUUGAGAAAUACCCUGAGUUGGAUUUCGUAGGAGGUUCCUACCUUUCAAAGGAGAAACGUUUUUACGUGCCCUGUAACCGUUAUCGACUGUGUAGAUGGACUUUCUCAGAAAGCUAUGAGUACGUGCGUUUCUUGGAUGACGUCAUGAUCUGUGAUGGAAUAUCAUCGUCGUUUAUGGCUAGAACAAGCAGUAUACAAAAUAUUUCUGAAGCAUUUGAUCCAAAAAUGCCUGAUGUUGUAGUCCUUAGGGAUUUCUUCCUUCGAGCAGAGAGUUACAACCUCACAGCAGGAACACGACCUAGUAUGAUGUUUUUGAUCGGCGAGUUUAAAACAUUGUAUCAAUUAUGGAUGUCACAUGAAAUAACAAAAGAACUUGUCCCAUUUGCAGUUAAGCACAAAGUGUUCAUUUUUAAAGAUUUUGAAGGAAAUCUAAUCGAACUUUGCAGCCCAACAAGCCCCUUGAGUGGAAAAGAUUUGUGUAUUGAGAAAAACUCGCACAAGCUCAUGUUGGAUGGUGGGCAUUGGGCGUAUAAAGGCCUUUACGCGUAUCCUUAUUUGUAUAAAUACUUAGUUACAACGUUACUGGAAGUUACCGAUCACCUUGACCAACAUAACGUUAGUUACCGUCUUGUUGGCGGAAUGAGUCUUGGUUCAAUUAAAAUGCAGUCUGUACUCCCUUGGGAUUCAGGAGAUGUAGACAUACACGUGUUUGGAUUAACUCGUAAACAAAUCUAUAACUUGUUUGAACCACUUAAAAAGGAGAAAGGAUAUAUUGUUCGCUUAAUGUCAGACCAGGUUCAUGUUUUCUGCACGCCACGAAAUGUCGGUGAUCUUUCUGGUGGGAUUGCGACGAUAUUUUCUGAAAGAGGUCCAACUCCAGAACUGAUGAAAAUAAAGAUAAAUGGUAAAUGGAUUUCAUGUGACAGAAAAUUAUUCGCAUACAUUUUUGGAAGAUAUGGCGAGGAAAAAUAUCUGGGUCAUGCAAUGCACGGGAACCCAAGGGAAACUAUGGAAUGUAAAAUAAAAGGACAUAAUGCUUGCGUGCCUAAUUUUAAAUCUUUUCUCAACGGAAAAGGUGGGACAGUGCGUGAAUACUUUUGUGAAAUUUAAACUUCUGAACUGACGAUUAUUAACAUCGUAUUGUACGUGGGUGCAUCGUGUAUUAGGAUUGCUAAAACAAUCAUUGCAUCAUGCAUGGUCAUAAUAACUGCAUGCAUAUAAGUUACAUGUUAACAUGUUACUGAAAAAUAAUUUUUAAUUAAACGAAACUUAAAAUAUUGUCAGAUAUUUUUGUUAGUUUAUUAGGGGCAAUCUUGUAAUUCUAAAUACGGCUAUCCUGUAACCUACACGGAAAAUCCUGUAACAUGCAUGCCACACGGAAAAUCUUGUAACAUACACGGUAUGUAUUUCUAGAUUACGCAAUUGCGUUAGUUUACGCAAUCCUGUGACAUACACGGAUAAAUUAGUUAUCUGCCAGCAUUUUAGUUGCAUGUCAUUUCUCUCACUAUGAAUAUUUAAUUAAAAUUGCUGUUUCAACUUUUUUUUAUCAAAAGUUUAAUCGGUU